CCCAUACUGACAGAAACCGCUGGGGGCGCGCAACUAGAGGCACGGAGGCGAGCACCAGUAUGAACGAGUGUGAUCCCGAUAGUGGCCAACGGUAGCGCUGGCCCUCUCCUUUCCCCCCUGUGCUGUGGGUUUGUGUUGAGUGAGAGAGUGUGUGAGACCGAGGAACGAAUGAGUGGCAGAUAUGGGGAAUUCGGUGUGUUUUCUUUCAGAAUCCCGAACUUCUACAACUCCGGCCUUCUGUUUGGCUGACAGCGGGCUGCGCCCGUGAGUACCGGGGGCUUCCAUGCUCUCGGCACGGAGAGGCGGCCGCUUCCAGGACAGCUGCAGCCCCAGUAGCACUCUCAACCAGCCGGUGGAUUUUGGUGUGCUGAAGUUGGAACUGUAUUGGUUUGGGCACAGAGGUUAUAAAAAUGAGUGUGAAGGGGAAGGGGUUCCCAGUGGACCUUGGUGGAAGCUUUACUGAAGAUGCACCAAGGCCGCCGGUCCCUGGUGAAGAAGGAGAGCUAGUAACAACAGAAACCAGACAAUGUAAUUAUGGCCUUUAUUCUGGAAAAAGUGAUGGGAUUAAAAAUGAUACAUCUACAGCAACACCAAGGAGACCAGAUCUGGACUUAGGAUAUGAACCUGAAGGAAGUGCGUCUCCUACUCCUCCUUAUUUGAGAUGGGCUGAAUCAUUGCACUCUUUGUUGGAUGACCAAGAUGGAAUUAACCUAUUUCGAACUUUUCUCAAGCAGGAAGAUUGCUCUGACCUCCUGGACUUCUGGUUUGCCUGUAGUGGCUUUAGGAAACUGGAGCCCAACGAUUCCAAUGAGGAGAAGAGAUUGAAACUGGCAAAAGCUAUCUUUAAGAAGUACAUCUUGGACAGUAAUGGGAUUGUGUCCCGGCAAAUCAAGCCUGCUACAAAAACCUUUAUAAGAGACUCUGUGAUGAGGCAGCAGAUUGACCCUGCCAUGUUUGAUCAGGCCCAAAUGGAGAUCCAGUCUAUGAUGGAGGAGAACACAUACCCUGUUUUUCUUAAGUCUGAUAUUUAUUUGGAAUAUACAAGGACAGGUGGUGAGAGUCCAAAGGGUUACAGUGAUCAGAGUUCUGGAUCAGGGACAGGGAAAGUUCUGUCUGGAUAUUUACCGACUCUCAAUGAGGAUGAGGAGUGGAAAUGUGACCAAGAUCCCAAUGACAAAAUUGGUGUGGAUGUCCCACCUGCCAGUGCACUUACUCGGAAUUUACUCCUUGAGACAGCACCCCAGCGUGCCACCCCUCCCAGAAGGUAUGAAGGAAGAGAAUAUAGGCAUGGUCACUGGAGAGAACCCGUUAAUCCCUACUAUGUCAACACAGGUUAUGCGAUGGCACCAGCUACUAGCGCCAAUGACAGCGAACAGCAGAGCAUGUCAAGUGAUGCAGAUACUAUCUCGCUUACUGACAGUAGUGUAGAUGGGAUACCACCAUAUCGUUUAAGAAAGCAGCAUCGGAAGGAGAUGCAAGAGAGUGCCAAAGCAAAUGGGCAUGUGCCUCUACCUCAUAUGCCUCGUACAUAUCGAAUACCAAAGGAUAUCCAUGUUGACCCAGAGAAGUUUGCUGCAGAGUUGAUAAGUCGUCUAGAGGGAGUAUUAAGAGAGCGAGAAGCAGAAGAAAAGUUAGAAGAGCGGCUGAAACGUGUGAGAGCAGAGGAAGAGGGUGAUGAUCCUGAUGUCUCCUUAGUUCCUUAUGUAAAUCACAAGUUGCCUGCUCCUCUAACCCUGCAUCAUUUUAAUGCUCGAUAUUCUGAAAUGGGGUGUGGUGGACUACAGUUACGAGAUGCCCAUGAGGAAAACCCAGAAAGUAUUCUAGAUGAGCAUGUCCAGCGUGUUAUGAAAACUCCAGGCUGUCAGUCACCUGGAACUGGACGGCAUUCACCCAAAUCACGUUCUCCUGAUGGUGUGCACAUUGGGAAAUCUCAAGGACUGGCAGGGACAGUACCUCCUGGACAAGGCAAGCAUGUCACAAAAUCUAGUAUAAAAGAAUCAACAAACUUGUAUCAUAAACAUGUUUACCACCAUAUUCAUCAUCACAAUGUGAUGAAGCCAAAAGAACAAAUUGAGGCAGAAGCCACACAGAGGGUACAAAGUAGCUUCUCAUGGAAUGUUGAUUCUCAUCACUAUGCAACAAAGUCACGCAAUUAUGCUGAAAGCAUGGGCAUGGCUCCAAAUCCUUUGGAAUCUUUGAACUAUGGGACAAAAAACAACACGCUGUCAAAACGAAAUGCAAAGAAGUCCGAGUCUGGAAAACCUGAGAGUUGUAACUAUGAAACACCUCUGCAAUCAGAAGAUAUGGAGAGGAACCAGAAAAUAUUACAGUGGAUAAUGGAAGGGGAGAAGGAGAUCAGUAGACACAAGAAGACAUCUCAUGGAUCUUCUGGAAUUAAGAAACAGCUCACUCAUGAAAUGACCAGGCCAUUGUCCAUUGAGAGACCUGGAGCAGUACAUCCAUGGGUUACAGCUCAGUUGCGCAACACUGUUCAGCCAUCCCAUCCAUUUGUCCAGGACCCAGCCAUGCCCCCGAACCCAGCACCAAAUCCCCUGACCCAGCUGGAGGAAGCUCGCAGGAGGCUUGAGGAAGAAGAGAAGAAAAUAGGAAAACUGCAGUCAAAACAGAGGUAUGUACAAGAGGUUAUCCAGCGGGGUCGCACUUCUGUCAGGCCAGCUUGCAUUCCUCUGCUGAAUGUGAUACCAGCUGUCUCGGAGAUGGAUCUCUUCAAGUCUGAGCACAAACCUCAAAAAAGAGCAGGUAGUGGAGCACCCCAGUCAUGUGAAAACAUUGUGGUCGCAUACUACUUCUGUGGAGAGCCAAUACCCUAUAGAACGUCUGUGAAGGGGCGUGUGGUCUCCCUUGGACAAUUUAAGGAAUUGCUUACCAAAAAAGGGAACUACAGGUAUUAUUUUAAGAAGGUGAGCGAUGAGUUUGACUGUGGCGUGGUGUUUGAAGAAGUACGAGAGGACGAUGCUGUCUUGCCAAUUUUUGAAGAAAAAAUAAUUGGAAAGGUGGAGAAAAUAGAUUAAGCUCCAGGACAGAAGACUACAAGAGCAGAGAAAGGAAAAGAGCAGUUGACUGGUUAACAGUGAUGAGAAGGGGCAUUUGGUACUUUGCCUUGUUGGUGGUCACAGUGCACUGGGGAGAGAACUAAGGGGAAGCUGGUGGCUGAUUGAGGCUUCCACUUUCAAGUCUCAACUAAAAUGUAUUUUCCUUCAGCCGUUUGCUUCAGACAGUGGGGUCCAGUCCCACAUUUUUCCAUUGGAUGUUGCUGUGUGCAAGCGAACAAGAGCACCAUAGCAUUUCCAUUUUUUUUUUUCAAAAUAACUAAUUGUAAUGUAGCAAAUUGUACAGAUGUAUUAGAGAAAUAUAAUAUGAAUCUGUUUACUAAAGUGACAUAUUUUUGAUAUAUUAUAAUGGAAGGAAAAUUAGUAUUUCCACUAUAACAGUGCUCUUAAGAAGUUAUGGAAUUACAGGUACUUUGAAAGUCGACGUAUGUGUAUAGUUCAGAUACAACACUUUUAUGUUGGUCCAGACUUUCAAAAAUGUUCAACUUUUUCUCUCCCUCCCGUUUGUGGCCAUGUUAGUUUACUCUUUGUUAACAAUGAAAUGUCCUGUUCCCAUAAGAAGAAAAAAGUUUACAGAAUCGGCCAUUCUUUGGUGCUUAUGUUCAACACCAUUUGUUGAACCUGCAUUGGGGUUGGUCUUUAUGGUUUAAUGUUACAGGGACCUUGUUAAAUAGUUCUCAGCACUGCUAUUUUUGCAGAUGUACUGGUUUUGUUUUCAGCAUAGUCUCUCUCAUUCUGAUUAUCUUGAAUGCAUAUUUUUGCAAGAAAGUAAAGAAGCAGGGAAAAGAUCAGAACUGAAUUACUGGAAAUAUUUUUAAAAUAAACAAGUUGUCAUUUCAGAGUA